CUUUAGUUAGGCGUAUCUAGUUGUAUCAGAAUUGUAUAUGUCAGAAAUAUUACCGGAGCACCGGAGUGCCCAAAAGUAAAAAUAUAAGUAUUCAGUGUACAUUAAGUACAAAAUGUCCAAUGUUGUGGAUACUUUAAUAGAAAUGGGCUUUAGUAAAGAAAGAGCAGAAUUAGCAGUAAGUCGAACCGGUAAUAAUGAUGUUCAAACUGCUAUGGAUUGGUUGUUGUCUCACGAAGAAGAGUUAGGACCUUCUGAGUCAACUCCUACCCCAGAAGAACAGCAGAACACUAAUAUUAGUGUAUCGACUGAAGAAAAUGCAACUGAAACAGUUCCUGAAGCUGUUUCUAUACCAAAAUCUAUUCAAUGUGAUGAUUGUGGUAAAUUGUUUAAAACUAACGAGGAAGUGGAGUUUCAUGCAUCUAAGUCUGGUCAUAAAAAUUUCUCAGAAUCGACAGAAGAGAAAAAACCGUUAACAGAAGAAGAAAAGAAAGAACAAUUAGCUAAAAUCGAAGCAAAACUUCGACAACGCCGUCUGGAAAGGGAGGCGAGGGAAAAAGAAGAAGCAUUAUUAAGAGAAAAAAAUAGGAUUAAAUCUGGCAAAGAGUUGUUAGAAGCCAAAAAGAAAUAUGACGAAUUGGAAAUGAAAAAAAUUGUAGAACAAAGAAAACGUGAAAAGGAAGAAGAAAAACUGGCCAGGCAAAGAGUAAGAGAACAGAUUGAACAGGAUAAACUUGCCAGAAAAACUAAAUUUAGUGGCGCUACGAAAGCUGAGCCAGUCUCAUUACCUGUUGCAGAACCGACUGUAGUAAAAACUGCUAAUAAUAGCUAUUCUGAGGUUAAACUUCAAAUUAGAUUACCAAAUGGUUCAGCUCUUACACAGACAUUUGGAGCAAAAGAACCACUAUCUGCAGUUAGAUUGUACGUUGAAAUGAAUAGACAAGAUGCUGAUGGGCCCUUUAACUUAAUGACAAAUUUUCCUCGGAAAGUGUUUAUAUCUGAUGAUUAUGAUAAGCCUUUGGAAACUUUAGGCUUGGCUCCGACGGCGACACUAUUUGUACAGAAAUCCUAAGAUGCCUUAUAUAUAACAAGCGCUGGUUAUAUAUAAGAAGCUUCCAUCUCAUCCUAGAAGCUUUAACUGAAAUGAUAUUGUACAUCAGUUAUUACUGUAAGUUAUAAUUUUAUUUCCUUUUUUGUUAUCAGUUUUUUAAAUAAUAAUUAGUAUUUGGAAACUAAAAUAUAAUUUUUUUGUG